UUUUCUUUAAAUAGCCUAGCCCCUAAAGGACUUGCUUAAUAAGACUAGCCCUAUUCAAAACAUACCCUUGAGGUCCUGCCAAUCAAUUGAUUAUUCCCAAGUGACAUAUUGAAGGUAAUUGGCUUGAAAAUAAACUCAAUUGAAUUCAAACAAAUGCAAAUGAUUUGCAAACAGAGAUUAGGAGUAACCCCAAAAAUGGAGCUAUAAAAGCCAUGAUUUUUACCAAGAAAUUGACAGAAAAUGUUGGCCACAAAUAUGAAAGGCCGGAAGGAACUUUUCCAGACUAAAAUUAAGUUGGAAAAUAAGAGAAAAUGGAUGAAACUACUAGAGGGCUACAUAUCCAGAGCUCAUGUACAUGGUUUAUAUUUAAUUUUUCUGCCCACCAUGCGUCGAAGAAUGAGACUACUUUGGUCCUUGGCCUUGGCUUGUGCCUUUUCCGUGCUGAUUUAUGUGAGCUACUUACUGGGAGAGCGUUACCACAACAAGCCCUUCCAGACCAUAGUGGCCCACUCGCACGCCUCCAUAAAUCACAUAGCCUUUCCCGUGGUCGUAAUUUGCAACAAGAACCGUCUGAACUGGUCCCGGCUUCCGGAGAUCAAGCAACAGUACAACAUUACGGCGGAUAAGCAGAAACUCUUCGAGAAAAUCCUCACGGCCUACGACGGGCUGAGUUUUCACCAAUUCAAUGUCUUUGAUUCGCUUCGAGGGGAAGAUCUGGAAAGCAUGAAUGUCUAUAAUUUCACAGAGAUUGCUUCCGAGAUGGCCUGGAGGUGUAAUGAAAUCCUGGCGGACUGCAUCUGGCAGUCACGAAGCCGGGACUGUUGCAAGUUGUUUCGACCACGUCGCCUGCCUUUUGGAUUAUGUUUGGCCUUCAAUGAGCUGGAGCAGCGAAAGCCCACGAUGGCUACGGGAAUCAAUACGGGAUUACUGCUACGGCUAUUGCUGCGGAAAGAGGAUCAUGCUCCGGAGAGCUUGUUUCCCAAGGGAUUUUUGUUAACCAUUUUGGAGGCCUCUGUGUGGUUCAGCUUUCCCAUCGAUAUAGUGCCACAUUUCCGUACUAACGUGGCCGUCUCGGCCGUAUAUCAUUAUUUUGACGAAACCACCUUGAGCCUGCCCUCCAGCUUGCGGCGCUGUGUGAUGGAUUACGAGAUAGAUAGCGAGCACUUCCAGACCUUGGAGGGUCAGAAGUACAUGUUGGAGAACUGCCAGGCCGAGUGCCAGCAGAGGUACCUCCUCCGGUACUGCAACUGCACUGUGGAUCUCUUCUAUCCGCCAUCGAAUUAUACCGCCUGCCGGGCCACCGAUCUUCCCUGCUUGGCGGCCCACAACCAUUUGUUGCAGAACUUUGAACAGCCGGAGGAGCAUCCGUACGUCCACCGGGAUCACUCUGGGUUGCUCUGCGAGUGCCUGCACAAUUGCAAGUCCUUAACCCUGGUCACGGAUAUGCGAAAAAGUGUCCAGAGUCCUUGGAUUCCAAGCAACUCCACCCAGAAUAUGGGAAUGUGGCUAAAUGUCUACUUCAAAAAGCCCUCGAUGCUGGUCUACAAAACCAAUUUGCUCUACACUUGGGUGGAUUUAAUAGUUUCCUUUGGCGGGAUUUGCCAGCUUUGCUUGGGUUGUUCCAUCAUCAGUAUUAUUGAAUUUAUGUAUUUCUCGUUCAUCAAAAUUCCCAAAUUCUAUUGGCAAUCAUAUAAACUAAAAAUGAAAUAUAAGCGCAAUUAUAUUAAUUAA